AUGGAAGUAUUGGCAAAGGACAAGUCAGAUUCUCCUUUAUUGCUGUCGAAUGCAGAAGUAGCUCAGUUAUUGGAGGACCGGUCAAAAAGCCGUAAUGAAAAAAGUCGAAAGAAGAUCAAAUAUAAGCAUCGGGAUUGGAUUGAAAUUAAAGUUUUGGAAUACCUGAAAACGACGCCAUGCGUCGACUUGGAUAAAGAAAGCCUUGAUAUUUUUCAGAGCACAUUAAUGAGUUCCAAGAAGUUGAAGUCAUCUGGGAAUACGGCUAGCGAAACAGGAUUUGGACUGACUGAAGCUGAAGCACUGCAAGUGCUUAACUUCAUGCCAAAAGAAAAAGUAGAGAUUCAUCUAAUGGUUGAGGAGUUGCACACUAGAAUGACAGAUGAUAGGCAAGACGAACUUUUGCAAUACAUCGAGUCUAAGCGCACUGGAAAAGAUAGUUGA